AUGACCUUCACCGGGCCAGAGCCCUGGCUCCCAGCAUCGCUGGCAGCUCAGAGGCUAAAAGUGGAGGAGAAGACCUUGGACCUGGAGUUCGAGGUCCUGAGCGUGGGCUUUAACGAGGAGGGCAGGUACGCCCUGCGGCUCUCCGUGGAGAACCCCCUGCAGGCCUGCUCUGGGGCCGGGGUGCGGCUGCAGGUGAACGACGGGGACCCUCUCCCAGCCUGCUCAGUGGUCACCGAGGUCCUGGAGCAGCAGGAUCCUGGACAGAGCCUGGCCCUCAGCAGGAACAAGUUUACCUUCACUUUGCCCAAAGGGUUCUGCAAAAAUGACGGCCAGCAUGACGCACGGCUGCGUGUCGAGGCCCUGCGGCUGGACGGAGGGGGCUUGGGAGGGGCACCCCGGAGAGUAGGAGAGGCCAUCUUCCCCAUCUACCCGCGCCCCGACCAGCCCCGCAUGAACCCGGCCGCCCAGCAGCACGAGGAUCUCUACCGUUACCACGGCAACCUGUCCCUGCUCCGGGCCAGCCAGGACCCCAGCGCACGGCACUGCGGGGCGCUGUCCUACAGUGUGGCCUUCCACGAGCACCGGGCCCAGCCCCAGAGCCCCAGGGCUCAGGUUUCGAGGAAAGCUCCAACAGACCAUGAGGUAGAGGCUUCCUGCCCAGCUCAGGCCCCACCCAGCUCCCAAGAUGACCAGCAGAGGCUCAGCCCUGAGCCAGGAUCCUGGCCACCCCAAGCCCAGGUAAGAAGGCACCCAAGAGGAAGACUCAAGGAUCGGCCUCAGGAACCUUGGAACCCCUUCCAUCUGGCCCCUUCUAAUAAGGAGACUGUGGCGGUCACUCUUCAUGGAGCUGCUGGCCUUCCUCUCUGCAGAGACGGCUCGGAGCCGUGGCCUUUUGUGAUUGUAAAAACCACCCCAGAGGAAGCAGACAGCCAGAGCCCCCAAGCCAUGAGCUCUGUGGCCUCGGAACCCACCAGAAACCCCAUGUGGGAGGAGACGGUGGAGGUGGAAAUCCCAGAAGAGGAUGCCGGGCAGAAGGAUCUGGUCAUCAAGGUGAUAGACACGAAGAAGAAGAAGGAGCUGGUGUCCUACGAGAUACCCAUCAAGUACUUAUGCAUCUUCCACCCCUACCACUUUGAGCUGGUGAAGGUCUUUCUCCGGGGCAUCAACGAGCCCCUGGCCAACAACACCAGCCCGAUCAUGGUGGUCGCACGCGUGGUCCCUGACUACAAUGAGUUUAAGAACAGCCAGGCCAACCAGGAUCACAGCUCCAUAGGUCUCCCCAUCACCUCCCUCUCCUUCCCCAUCUCCUCCGUGAUGAACCUUGACGUCCCUCGGGCCAGCCCGAAUGGGUGCCCCCAGCUGUCCAGGCCUGGGAGUUCUCUGGAGCAGCCCGAAUGGAAUCAGUCCUUCCUCUUCCAAGGCCGUGAUGGAGCUACCAGCUUCUCGGAGGACAGGGCAUUGGUCCUGGAGUUCUACAGCGCCAUCUCCACGAAAAGCGGCGAGCCCUGGGCCCUGGGCCCCCCUCUGGGCGUCUCGGUGCUGCCGCUGAACAACCGUCUGUACCGCAAGAUGCUGACGGGCAGAGGCCUGAGUGGGCUGCAUGUGGAACAGCUUCCCAUCAGUAGGCCAGAACACUUCUUGACACCUGGCAUCGUCAAGAAUCUACCCAUCCUGGACCUGAAGAUCCUCGACGAGAAACUGGGCUCCAUCCGUGAGUCCUGGUCCAAGCUGUCAGUCAACGUAGCCAGUCCAUCCUCCAUCCGGGAGUUGGAAGAGGAGCCCCAGGUGCUGGAGCUGCCCCAGGACACGGAGAUGAACAACUACCGGCGGGCCAUGCAGAAGAUGGCGGAGGACAUCCUGUCCCUGCGGAGGCAGGUCGGCAUCCUGCAGAGCGAGAACCGCAUGCUCAGGGGUCAGGUGGCCCCGCCGGAGGCCGAAGAGGAGUCCAGCCCGGAGGAGGCCGAGGAGGCCCUGGGUGAGGACGCGGCCUCGGUGAUCGAGAAGAUGGAGCGGGUGCUGGAGGACAGGCUCCGCGAGAGGAGCGAGCCGCCUCCUUCAAGCUGGCCACCAGGAAAGCCCACUGCAGGUGGCCUCCUCCAUAUCCCCCACCUGCCCAUAGGCGAGAACCUGCCUGCCAACCUCUACUCCGUGCUGCUGGCUGAAAACACCAGGCUGCGGGCAGAGCUGGAGAAGAACCACCACCAGUCAGCCCCCAUUAUCCUGCAGCAACAGGCCCUACCGGUGGACCCUGGGGAGUUGGGAGCAGGUGGAGACGUCGCAGACAGGCUGCAGGAGAUGGAUGGCCAGAGACCCUCUGAGCCCACGGACUUUCUGCCUUGUCCACAGGAUCUCCUGGGCAGCAGCUCUUCAGACAAGCUUAACCUGCUGGCCAAGCUGGAGCGCGCUCAGAACCGGAUCUUGGCCCUGGAAAACCUGCUGGAGGACUCGGCGCGGCGCUGGGGACGGGAGAAGCAGGACCUGGCCACGCGGCUGCAGGAGCAGGAGCACGGCUUCCGGCAUGCCUCCAGCCUCGUCCUCACAGACCCGGCUAAUGUCUUCAUCUCCUCCACGGACCCCCAGCGGCCCCCCAAGCUGGAACCCCAGCAGCCGGGCAAGCCGGCUGCCUCCCCGAAGGAAGCGGCCGACUCCCCCCACACCUGA